AUGCUGCCGUCCUUUCCACCCUGCUGUUGCCACCGUUUUUGCUCGUCUCCAGGGCUGUUGACGCGGAAGUUCAUUGAUCUCAUCAAGGCCAGUCCCGACUGCUCUGUGGAUCUCAACGUCGCUGCUGCCUCCCUCAGCGUGCAGAAGCGGCGGAUCUACGACAUCACCAACGUGCUUGAGGGCAUCAGGCUGAUUGAGAAGAAGGGCAAGAACAUUGCUCAGCUAGACGAGUUGAGGCAGCAAGACGGACAGCUAGACAGAGACAUCAGGGCCAUGCAGGAGCGGCUGCGGUUGUCGGGCACAGAUGGGGAGAAGAAGCAGUGGAUGUUUGUGACAGAAGAUGACAUCAAGAGCCUGCCGUGCUUCCAGGUAAAUGAGACGCUCAUCGCCAUCCGCGCUCCGCAUGGCACCAUGUUGGAAGUUCCUGAUCCUGACGAGGUGAGACCUGAUAGGGUGAAUGCUGACGUGGUCAGUGCUGACGUGGUGAUUCCUGAUGGGGUGAGUCCUGCUGCUGGUGCUCUCAGCUGCCCUAUCAAAGUAUGGGGACCGUUCACAUCAGGUGCUCCCAUCCACAUCAUCAUACCUAGCGACCCCUCAUCACUCAAUCUGCACCGCGGGCAGGGCACACAGCGGCCCAUCGCCAUGCAACACGCGGCAGGCAGAGCACACAGCGGCCCAUCACCAUGCAGCAAGCGGUAUCAGAUCCUGCUGCGCAGCGCCAAUGGCCCCAUCGACGUCUACCUCGUUAGCCGGUUUGAGGAGAAGUUUGAUGGUGCCACGGACCACACCACUUCUCCUGCUGCGCCUGCCACUGAAAAUGUGACCGAGGGAACAGAGAGUGCUGUGGUGGAAACGAGAUCAGCAGCAGCAACAGCAGUGACUGCUGGAGAAGUAGCAGCAGCAGCAGCAGCAGCAGCAGCACCAACAGCAGCAGCAGCAGCAGCAGCAGCAGCAGCAGCAGCAGCAGCAGCAGCAGCAGCAGCAGGAGGAGGACAGGAGGGAGCAGUUACGGGAGCGGGGGUGGGAAUAGACUCAAGCCCUGGGACUUGGGGUCGGUUCACUCAGCGCAAUGAUUGUUUUGUUACGUGGUAUCUUGCCUGCAUCUCAUUGCUCUAA